AUGCCCUGCUCUGAAGACUUUGCGGCCACGUGCCCUAGCAAGCAGGCCCGGCCUGCGGAGGAGGGGAUGUUGCGGCUGCGCUUCACCCGGCUCUCGGAGCACGCCACGGCCCCGACCCGGGGGUCUGCACGGGCCGCGGGCUACGACCUGUACAGUGCCUAUGAUUAUACAAUACCACCUAUGGAAAAAGCUGUUGUGAAAACAGACAUUCAAAUAUCUCUUCCUUCUGGGUGCUAUGGAAGAGUAGCUCCACGUUCUGGCUUGGCUGCAAAACACUUUAUAGACGUAGGAGCUGGUGUCAUAGAUGAAGAUUAUAGAGGAAAUGUUGGUGUUGUAUUGUUCAAUUUUGGCAAAGAAAAGUUUGAAGUGAAAAAGGGUGACAGGAUUGCACAGCUCAUUUGUGAACGGAUUUUUUAUCCAGAAAUAGAAGAAGUUAAAGCCUUGGAUGACACUGAAAGGGGCUCCGGAGGUUUUGGUUCCACUGGGAAGAAUUAAGAUUUAUGCCAAGAACAGAAAAUGAAAAGACAUGCUUUUCUUAGAGAGAAUUUUUCUUUAAUGUGUUAGAAUUUUGCACUUCUGUAAACUUAAUGGCUUUAGCUUCUAGAAUUAUCUCCUUUGCUUUUGAACAAGGAAAACAUCUUUGGUACAAAGUUACUUCCCUAUUUUUUUCUGCAGUUGAUGAUUGUAUGUAAAUCUGUUGUGACUUCAAAGUGAAAUGUGUAUCAAUUUCAGAUUUUAAAGUGGUACUGUAUUGUUUAAUUCAAUAAAGGAUACCUCGCCAGCAA